CGUGCCUGGCCCCGCUUGGGGCGGAGCCGGCACUCAGCUUCCCGCGGUGUUGGUGCGUCACUCUCGAGGGGAGUCUUACCUGGGCAAUAUGGUUCGGAAGCGCGCUGCCGGUAGGAAGCCGCAGGGACGCGAACCAUGCGGCCGGAAGGCCAAGGGCGAGACCAUGGCCGGGCAUGAGGAGAAGGAGGCGGAUGUCUUGGAAGACAAGAAACCUCUAAAGAGGAGCCUUCUCUCCAAAGUCUCACAAGGCAAGAGGAAGAGAGGCUGCAGUGAUCCUGGGGGUCCAGCCAAAAAGAAAGUGGCCCAGGUGACUGUCAAAUCUGAAAACCCCAAGGUCGUGAAGGAUGAGGCCCUCAGCGAUGGGGAGGAGUUCAGGGACUCCGCCCGUGCCCGCAAGAAGGCACAGCCCUCACAGAGAGAGGCUGCCGUGGCCAAAGGCCGCUGUGAAGGAGACGAGGAGGAGGAAAGCGAGGAUGAUUGGGAAGAGGUCGAAGAACUUGGUGAACCUGUGCCAGGUGACGUGGGAGAAAAUGCGGCCUUUUCUAAAUCUGUCCUGCCUGUGAAACCAGUGGAGAUAGAGAUUGAAACGCCCCAGCAGGCGAAGGCGAGGGAGAGAAGUGAAAGGAUAAAAGUGGAGUUUGAGACCUAUCUUCGGAGGAUGAUGAAACGUUUCGGUAAAGAAGUCCGCGAGGACACGCACAAGGUUCACCUAUUGUGCCUGCUGGCAAAUGGUUUCUAUCGAAGUAACAUCUGCAGCCAGCCGGAUCUGCUUGCUAUCGGCCUGUCCAUCAUCCCAGUUCACUUUACCAGAGUGCCACCUCAAGCCGUGGAUGCCUGUUACCUGUCAAACCUGGUGAAAUGGUUCGUUGGUACAUUUACAGUUAAUGCAGACCUCUCAACCAACGAGCAAGAUGGUCUACAGACGACAUUGGAAAGGAGGUUUGCUAUUUACUCUGCGCGGGAUGAUGAAGAGUUGGUCCAUAUAUUUUUACUGAUCCUCCGGGCCCUGCAGCUCCAGACCCGACUGGUGCUGUCUCUACAGCCGCUUCCUCUGAAGUUACCUGCAGCAAAGGGAAAGAAAGCUGCCAAGGAGACAUCUGCAGAGGAUCCUGGAGGCUCCUUGGAAACUUGCAGCCCAGUUCCAGAAAGCCAAACCAAACCCAAGACCAGCCAAGGAGCCAGACAGGAGGCCACGUCUUCUAAGGUCUCUGGAGGUCCAAGUACCAAAGGGAAGAGGAGCAAGGCAGCCGCGGUCGAGAAGAAACGGAGAGAGCCCUCCUCCAGUGGGGAAGAGCACAAGGUGGGAGGGCGGCAGGAGGACACCCAGAGACGUCGGCCUGGCCGGGAGCGGCAGGUGGCCUCCAGGGUGUCUUACAAAGAAGAGAGUGAGAGUGACAAGGGCAGCAGCGGCUCUGACUUCGAGCUCUCCAGUGGGGAAGCCCCUCAUUCAUCUGAUGAGGAUUCUGAGCCUGGCCUUCGCAGGCAGAGGAGGGCCCCAGCCCCGCAGAGGACAAAGGCAGGGUCCAAGAGUGACUCCAGGACCCAACGUGGAAGGCACCCUCAGCACCCCAAGCACCCCGGCUUUCCAGCAGCAUCCAUGAGCUCUUCAAGCAGUAAGAGUAAGCGAGGCAAGAAAAUCUCCAGUGAUGGUGAGGGGGCAGAAAGAGAGAAAGCAGCUGGUGUAGACCAGUGGCUAGAGGUGUUCUGUGAGCAGGAGGAAAAGUGGGUGUGUGUGGACUGUGUGCAUGGUGUGGUGGGCCAGGCUCUGGCCUGUUACAAGUAUGCCACCAAGCCCAUGACCUACGUGGUGGGCAUCGACGGUGAUGGCUGGGUCCGGGAUGUCACCCAGAGGUACGACCCAGACUGGAUGACUGCGACCCGCAAGUGCCGGGUUGAUGCCAAGUGGUGGGCUGAAACCCUGAGACCAUACCAGAGCCCGUUGGUGGAGAGGGAGAAGAAGGAAGACUCAGAGUUCCAGGCAAAGCACCUGGGCCAGCCUUUGCCUACUGUCAUUGGCACAUAUAAGAACCACCCUCUGUACGCGCUGAAGAGGCAUCUCCUGAAAUACGAGGCCAUCUACCCUGAGACAGCCGCGAUCCUUGGCUAUUGUCGGGGAGAAGCAGUCUACUCCAGGGAUUGCGUGCAUACCCUGCACUCCCGGGACACGUGGCUGAAACAGGCAAGAGUGGUGAGGCUGGGAGAAGUGCCCUACAAGAUGGUGAAAGGCUACUCCAACCGGGCCCGGAAAGCCCGCCUCGCCAAGCCGCAGCUGCAGGACCACAACGACCUGGGCCUGUUCGGCGAGUGGCAGACAGAGGAGUACCAGCCGCCCGUGGCUGUGGACGGCAAGGUCCCCCGGAAUGAGUUUGGGAACGUGUACCUUUUCCUGCCCAGCAUGAUGCCCGUCGGCUGCGUCCAGCUCAACCUGCCCAACCUGCACCGCGUGGCCCGCAAGCUGGACAUUGACUGUGUCCAGGCCAUCACUGGCUUCGAUUUCCAUAAAGGCUACUCCCAUCCCAUAACCGACGGGUACAUUGUCUGCGAGGAAUACAAAGACGUGCUCCUGGCCGCCUGGGAGAAUGAGCAGGCGCUCAUUGAGAAGCGGGAGAAGGAGAAAAGAGAGAAGCGGGCCCUGGGGAACUGGAAGCUGCUGGUCAGGGGACUGCUCAUCCGGGAGAGGCUGAAGCUUCGCUAUGGGGACAAGAGUGAGGCAGGAGCUCCCCAAGCACCUGCCGGAGAUGGACUCUCUUCUGAUGAAGAGGAGGGCACCAGCUCUCAAGCAGAAGCAUCGAGGAUCCUGGCUGCCUCCUGGCCCCAAAACCGAGAGGCUGAAGAAGAGCAGAAGCCAAAGUGCCCUCAGAAGACCAAAAGGGAGAAGGCGGCCGCGGCCUCCCACCUGUUCCCCUUUGAGAGGCUGUGACGGGGGUGGCCACCUGUCACACCCUGUGCUACACGGGGC